AUGGGCAUUCGUGCACUGUGGUGCGCAUUUCUGAUAACACUCGUCAGACCUUCAGGAAGUGACUGGCUGAGUUGCGGCCACAUUAGAGAAUGCCAUUGCAAAUGGUCCUCUGGGAAGAAAACUGCAACAUGUGUAUCCGCAGGUCUAACACAAAUACCUCAACUAGCAUCAGAUAUUCAAGUAUUAGACUUACAUGGAAACAAUAUAAACGAGCUCCAACAAGAUGCUUUAGCUACCAUAGAAUUAUUAAAUUUACAACGCUUAAACCUGAGUUCAACAAAUCUACGUUUCUUGCAUCAAAAUGCUUUCAGAGAACUUCGUAUUUUGAUAGAAUUAGAUCUCUCAAGGAACUAUCUCACCGAACUUUCACCUGACACUUUCAAAGGCAACGAGCGUUUAAGGCUUUUAGUCCUUAAUGACAAUCCUUUAAGUAAAUUAGUUGCGCAGCAAUUCCCGCCCUUACAACAUUUAAAGAAACUCGAACUUUCGCGAUGUCGACUCCGUAAAGUUCACCCCUUUGCCUUUGUGAAUCUGCGGGCGUUAGAAACUGUACAUGUACAACAGAACUUACUUUCAUGUCUACAUCGAGACACAUUCAAUCUACCAGCUUUGAAAACUUUAACGCUUUCUGACAAUCCAUGGUACUGCGAUUGUAGGCUGCGAGAAUUCCAUGAGUGGUUUCUUAACGGCAAUCUCGGUAAUGAAGAGGUUUAUUGUUCAGGCCCGGGUAACAAAGUGCACAUAUCUUGGUUAGAUUUAAAAGGUGAAGAUAUGAUUUGUCCCCCUUCGGCUAUAACGAGUCCAUCCGUAAUACGAACUGAAACCGGAGCAGAUAUUUCUUUCGGAUGUUUUAUCCGAGGAGAUCCUACACCUGAUAUUUCAUGGUAUUUUCGCCAUACACAAGUAAUAAAUAAGACUUAUAGUGAUAGUGAUGUUUCAGUAUUAAAAUAUGCGAUUGAAAACUUUAACGAAUAUACUGACGAUUUUGUAAAUAAAAGUGCACAGUGGUACAAUGUGACUGUAAGUAACGUUACCAGUGAUUUUGCUGGAGAGUGGCGAUGUAGCGCUAAGAGUGCUGCUGGAGAAUCUAGUGCGUACUUAACUCUGUUUUUGCCUAAAGCAAGGACCGCUACAGCUAGAAGUGCACCAGAUUAUUCAAAAUUUUUUAUAGCCAUAGGCGCCGUAUUAGCAAUGGCUAGUACAGGAUUUAUAGCUGCUUGCGUUUGUUGGAAGAUAAGACGUCGGAGAGUUCCACCGAGUAGAAGUUUUACAGACCAAGAAAAAAAAUUGUUAGACACUUCUUUAGCUGUCAGUUGUGACAGAACUAGUGUGGAUAUGGGUUCAUCUUACGGUUUUGAAAUGUUUGAUAGAUCUAUGUCUAUGGAAAGCGAAGAUACUCAACGAUGCUUAGAGCCAGUUCAAAUAACUAUAGAAGGUCCUUCAGGAUCGUUUCCCCCACCGCCGGCUGAAUUCGCAAUACCAGCGCCGUAUGGUAAUAUUUUUAUAUCUGUACAAGUAACUGGGCAUAACGAAGAGUUUCCAGAUUUAUUAGGAGGCGGUUCAACUUUGCCGAGGCGAAGCAGAACAUGUUUUUUAAAAUCUGCCUAUGACAAUAUGGGACCGAGGGUGACGGCUACUGGUAGCUCGACAUGGUCACUACCAGGUGCAAAGGGAGAAAAGAUUCAUAAAGAUUCAACACCACCAAUGCCGUUAUCAACUUUUUCGACAGAAUUCACUGCUUUA